CACACCGCCCUCUAGCUAUAGCUCGCUCCCGCGGCCUCGCCCUGCUCGCUCCACGCACGCCGCACUCCCCUCGCCCCGGCUCGCCGGCCGGCGCCCGCGCCGCCCGCCCCGCGCCAGUGCACAUACAUAUAUACAUCUCUAUCACGACUUCGUGCGUACGCGACGAUGAGGGUGGCCGUGGUGGGCGCCGGGGUGAGCGGGCUCGCGGCCGCGCACGAGGCGGCGAGGAGCGGCGGCGUGCGCGUGACGCUGUACGAGAAGGAGGAGAGCCUCGGUGGGCAUUCCAGGACGGUGACCGUCGACGGCGACGCCGGCCCCGUCGACCUCGACCUCGGAUUCAUGGUCUUCAACAGGGUGACGUACCCGAACAUGAUGGAGUGGUUCGAGGAGCUCGGGGUGGAGAUGGAGCGCUCGGACAUGUCCUUCUCGGUGAGCACGCGGGGGGAGGAGAUCAACGUGGAGUGGGGCAGCCGCAACGGCCUCGCCGGUCUCCUCGCCCAGAAGUCCAACGCCGUCAGCCCCGCAUUCUGGCGCAUGAUCCGCGAGAUCGUCUACUUCAAGGACGACGUUCUCAAAUACGUGGAGGAGCACGAGAGGAACCCUGAUCUGGACAGGAACGAGACGCUGGGGCAGUUCAUCCAGUCGCAUGGAUACUCCCGUCUCUUCCAGCACGCCUACCUCAUCCCCAUCUGUGCGUGCAUAUGGUCGUGCCCAUCGCACGGCGUUCUGGGCUUCUCCGCUUUCUUCGUCCUCUCCUUCUGCCGUAACCACCACCUUCUCCAGCUGUUCGGUCGCCCCCAAUGGCUCACUGUGAAGGGCCGCUCCCAUACCUACGUAAACAGGGUAAGAGAGGAGCUUGAGAGCUUGGGCUGCCAGAUUAAGACCAGCUGCGAAGUGCAAUCUGUUUCAGCUCUCGAUGGGGGAGGUGGAUACAGGGUCGUUGAGGCUGGUGGUUCAGAGGAGGUCUAUGACAGAAUCAUAUUCGCCGUGCACGCACCUGACGCUCUCAAGAUCCUGGGAGACGACGCAACCCACGACGAGCGCAGGAUCCUGGGCGCGUUUCAGUACGUCUACAGCGACAUAUACCUCCACUGCGACAAGAGGUUGAUGCCGCGGAACCCGUCGGCGUGGAGCGCCUGGAACUUCCUCGGCACCACCGCCGCCGGCGUCUGCGUCACCUACUGGCUCAACCUGCUCCAGAACAUCGAGGAGUCCGCGGGCAGGGGGAGGCGGCCGUUCCUGGUGACGCUCAACCCUCCGGGCGGCGCCCCCGACCACGUCCUGCUCCGGUGGCGCACCAGCCACCCGGUGCCGUCGGUGGCCGCGGCGGCGGCGGCGCGGGAGCUCGGCCGCGUCCAGGGCGGCCGGGGCCUCUGGUUCUGCGGCGCCUACCAGGGGUACGGCUUCCACGAGGACGGCCUCAAGGCCGGCAUGGCCGCCGCGCGGGGGCUGCUGCUCGGCGGCGGCGGGCGGCUGCUGCUGGCGAACCCGAAGCAGAUGGCGCCGUCGUGGACGGAGGCCGGGGCGCGGCUGCUGGUCACCAGGUUCCUCGACGGCUACGUGUCCGCCGGUAACUUCACAUUGCUGGAGGAAGGCGGCACCAUGUACAGUUUCGGCGAGGCAGGAAAGAGAUGCCAGGCCAAAUGUGUGAUGCGAGUUCACGACCCGCUCUUCUACUGGAAGGUCGCGACGGAAGCAGACCUUGGUCUGGCAGACGCCUACAUCAACGGAUACUGCUCUUUCGUCGACAAGAAACAGGGUCUUCUCAACCUCUUGUUGAUUCUGAUUGCCAACAGGGAUUCCAACAAGCAGAGCAGCAUCAGCAGCAGCAAAAUAAGAGGCUGGUGGACGCCGAUGCUUCUGACGGCCGGUGUCGCGUCGGCCAAAUAUUUUCUGCGCCACGUGUCCAGGAAGAACACUGUCACGCAGACUCGCCGGAACAUCUCACAGCACUACGAUCUGAGUAACGAUUUCUUCUCGCUUUUCCUUGAUCCGUCCAUGACCUACUCCUGUGCCGUCUUCAAGGACGAGGAGGAGAGCUUAGAGGCAGCCCAGCAGCGCAAAGUUAGCCUGCUAAUCCACAAGGCUAGAGUGGAGCGAGAUCACCAUGUUCUUGAGAUUGGUAGUGGCUGGGGCAGGCUAGCAAUACAAGUGGUCAAGCAAACUGGCUGCAAAUACACUGGGGUCACACUGUCUGAGGAGCAGCUUAAAUAUUGCCAGAGAAAAGUGAAGGAAGCUGGUCUGGAGGACCACAUGACUUUCAUGCUGUGCGAUUACCGUCAAAUACCAACAUCUCGAAAGUACGACAGGAUCAUAUCUUGCGAGAUGAUUGAAGGAGUUGGGCAUGAAUACAUGGACGAGUUCUUCGGCUGCUGCGAGUCUCUGCUGGCACAGGACGGCCUGUUCGUCCUCCAGUUCAUCUCCAUCCCUGAAGAACGGUACGAGGAGUACAGGAGGAGCUCAGAUUUCAUCAAAGAAUACAUCUUCCCUGGGGGUUGUCUUCCAUCCUUGUCUCGGAUUACAUCCGCCAUGUCCGCCUCCUCCAGGCUCUGCAUCGAGCACCUGGAGAAUAUCGGGUAUCAUUACUACCCAACGCUGAUACGCUGGCGGGACAACUUCAUGGUCAACAGAGAGGAGAUAUCGGCCCUGGGAUUUGAUGACAAGUUCAUUCGCAUAUGGGAGUACUAUUUCAUAUACUGUGCAGCUGGCUUCAAGUCACGUACGCUCGGAAACUACCAGAUCGUGUUUUCUCGGCCUGGCAAUGAUAAGCUGAUGCCCUUUGCCGACAACCCUUACACAACCUUCCCGGCAGCUUAAUUAGCUUGCCCCAACAUGAAAAAAAAGUGUGCUUAUCUGUCUUCCCAAGGGAUUAAUUAAUAGGGCAUUUUUCAGCUAGCCUUGGUGUGUGUGUGUGAACUGCAUGAAACGAUUCAUUUGAUUGAAAUGUGUUUGUAUAACAUUCCAUUCUUAUUAUGUCAGUGUUCGAUUUCAACUAUAGAGGUAUAAACGUGCUCCAAUGUCAGUGUUAGGAUUUGAUGAUAAGUAAAUCCGUGUAUGGGAGUACAUCUAUUGUGCAGCUGGCUUCAACUCACUUUGUAUAUUUGGAGACUACAGGAUUAUAUUUUCUUGACCUGGCAACGA